GCCAUCGCAGGGCAGAGUCUCUGGCGGCGUGUUGAGCGCGCGGGCUGCUGGUCUGUGGGAACCUGAGGCAGUCAAACCCGAGACGGGAACCCCUCACCCUAGACUGCGCUGAGCAGCCUGACUGUGCUCCGGCACCUGCAGCUACCCCCGAGUCAGAGGACCUCGAUCACCGUAGUGGAGACGAGAGUGAUGACAUCUGAGCACCAGGUCCGAGAAGGGACAAACAUUCUGAAACCUAAAACAAAAAUGGCUGAUAAAGAAAAUGCCAAUAGACCUACAUGGAGCAAAAAUAAUAAAAUGAUGGAAAAAAAUUGUAUUCCUUUAAAACCUAAUGAAUUAACCAAUUCAACUAUAGCAAUUGAUACAUAUAAUUGUGAGGAGAAUAAUCAACCUCUAACGUUUCCACUAAUUAAAGACAAUUCCCAAAUUCAACAUAUGUCACUUAACCAGACAUUUCACCUUAAAAGAAAUAGUAAAGAGAAACUAAUGCUUACAGAAAAACCAAAGCAAGAUAUUAAUGUUCCCAAGAAAACUGUGCUUGGAUUUUAUCGUGGGAAAGUUGUUGAGUCUAAGAUUAAUUCAUUCAGAAAACCUCUACAAGUCAAGGCUGAGAGUUCAGCAGCAAACAAGAAACCUUCAGCUCUGAUCUCUAAUGCCACCAAGCCUCGGCCCAUGAGCGCCAGCAGCGUAACAGUGAAAAGUGAUAGAGCCUCAAAUAUGACUACUACCACUAAAAUCGUGAGCACUGGAUCUCAGAGCAGACAACUUGUGCGAGCUCCUAUUAGAAACCACCACGAUAAUACUCAGGACAAGGUGAAACAAGGCAUCAGUAGAACCCCUGCCAAUGUUACAAUUCGGAAAGGACCUCAUAGAAAAGAACAGACUCAAUUAAAAACAGAUUUAUCUAGUGUCAAAACCAGUUCUGCUCAGGACAUAAAAAGAAAUGAGGCACGAUCAAGAAGCAUAGCAUCUGAAAUUGUAGCCAGGCCUGCUUCAUCCUCUAAUACCAGACUGAUAGAAGAGUCGGAAACCAUCGGCCAGCGAAGACAUACUAUAGCAAAGGCAAGUGUUGGUAGUAGAUCGGGUCAGCCCAAAGAAACCGCAGAACAGAGAAAAGCUCGUCUGACUGAGUGGAAAGCUGGCAAAGGAAGAGUGCUGAAAAGGCCUCCUGGCUCAGGAGAUACCCAGCCUGAGGCUGCAGGGCAAAAUGAAAAACCUGCUGGGUCCUUCUGGACUACCAUGGCAGAAGAAGAUGAACAAAGAUUAUUUACUGAAAAAGUAAACAAGACAUUUUCUGAAUGCCUGAACCUGAUUAAUGAGGGAUGCCCAAAAGAAGAAAUAUUGGUCACACUGAAUGACCUGAUUAAAAAUAUUCCAGAUGCCAAAAAGCUUGUUAAGUAUUGGGUGUGCCUUGCACGUCUUGAACCUGUCACAAGUCCUAUUGAACAUAUUAUUACCAUCUACGAGAAGGCCAUCCUGGCAGGGGCUCAGCCUAUUGAAGAGAUGCGACAUGCAAUUGCAGAUAUUCUAACAAUGAAAAGUCAAGAAAAAGUUGAUUUUGGAGAAAAUAUUGAGGAGGCUAGUGCAACCAAGGAACAAGCCCAGGAAGACAUAGGUACUGAUCUAGAGCCAGGGAAACCAAAUAUGGAAAAUAAACAUCAUAGAAGUAUGAUAAUUCACGAUUGUGAAAAAGAGCAUGAAGACAAAACAAAAGAUCCAGUCAAUGAUGUUAAAACUCCUGAUAAAGAAACCAGAGAGAGUUGCUUGAUUAAAUAUAAUGUAUCUACUACGGCAUACUUGCAAAGUGCAAAAAAGAAGAUUCAGUUUGAUGAAACAAAUUCUAUAUUUAAAGAGCUCAAGUUUCUAACACCAGUGAGACGUUCUCGACGUCUUCAAGACAAGACUUCUAAAUUGCCAGAUAUGUUAAAAGACCAUUAUCCUUGUGUGUCUUCAUUAGAACAGUUAGCAGAGUUGGGACGUGAAACUGAUGCUUUUGUGUGCCGUCCUAAUGCAGCACUGUGCCCGAUGUACACAGAGACCGAAACAACCCAGGAGAAAUAAAGCUGUAAUAAGGAAUGGGGCUUUAUUAUUUCUGGGGUGCUUUGUUUUGUUUGUGCUCUGUGUUUCUCUGUGUUCUGGGCUGGCCAGGUACCUAAGUAUUCUCAGUAUUCAUGGCAGUGAGCUGCUUUACUGAUUUUCGUAUUAUAGCAGAAGUUGCCUUUGAUGCAUCAGAAUCCCAGUCCUUCUUUGUCAAUCUCAACAGAGACUGAGUUUUUCUUGAAGAUUAGCAUAAAGUUUAUCAGCUAGUUCACUGUGUUUCUUAUCAACAGGUAUCAUCAUAAUGUUAGCUUGUUCACUUUACUUUUAAGGAGUCUAAAAUUACAGAAACAUUGUAAGUCAUUCAGUGUAACUCCAGUAAUGCUGUAUCAUUAGAAAAUAAAGUGUUCUGGAUAAAAUUUAUGAUUUUGCAUAGACAUAUUUUUAAAAUUUAUGAUGUACUUCCCUGCUCAUUAAUAGAAUACCGGCUUUUUUUUCUUUUCUUGAUGGUUCUGGAUCAAUAAUUGUAAUAUAUAAUAUGAUUAAGACAUGUAAGACUUAGCUUGCUUUUUCACCAAAUUCUUGUUACCCAGACUGCUGUGUUCUUUGUGUCCCUUGGACUGCCUAUAGGUUCUUCAAAUCACUUUUCCUUGGUGCUAGUGAGUUUGCAUCUGUAGCCGCUUUCUUUCUGAUGGCAACUGAGGUCACCAAGAAGGGUACUUGACUCAAUGACCCCAUUUCUAAGACAUGGUAUUCUGUGGUAAGAAAGAUAAGGUACCAAACCUAGUGGAUAGCAGAACUUUAAAUCUAGUCUGAGUUCCUUUCUUUAGUUCCUUUUGUAACUUCACUAUCUAAAAUGUCAAAAUCUUAACUUCCAUAGUUUAGUUUGUGUAGUUCAUAGACUUGUGGAAAGGAGUUAAGGAAGGGACAUAUACUAUUAGUAAAAUUUAGGUAACAUUUCUAAAAUAACUAAUACUUCUUUAAUACAUUCUUCCACGUGGUAUAAAGACCUAUAACUUCACUAUUAAAUCACGUCCCCAUGAACAGGACAGUUAUAUACAGUAAACAGUUCUCUUUUUCCCACACAUACAUACCACCAAUAAAAUUGUUCUGUGUAGCCCUAAAGUAAUACUUACAUCGUGUACAUUGUCUACCAACUCUACAGUUUCAGAAAAGUGAUUUUUUUUUUUUAAUUUUAAAUGUUCGUUUUAGAACUAUGUACACAGAAUGAAUGUUGUUGAGGAUCACAUACUUUGUCUUAGUUAUGUUCAUUCAUUUGUGUAAAAACACUUGUCUUUGUUCUAUUUUGUUCUAGAGUAGGGUUUUUAUUCUUUUUUAACAGUAUACCUAGUUUGUAUACAAUAAAUUAAAAUAUAUGUACCAUGAUGUUCUAAUGACUUUCAUUUCAACAAAGAUGAGAUACAGUUAAAUUACAGUGAGUUAAUUUGAACCUUGCCUUUGAAAUACAUUGUGGUGAGGUUCGACUUGAGGUUUUUGACGCUCAAACAACUGUGCUUAAUAGUGUAUUUCCUAUCAUCAAUCUAUUUACCUAAAAAUUUACCUAAUUAUUUUCAUCUUAAUAAAAACAAUAACUUAUGUUCUUUAGUUUAUUUCUUUAUAUCUUCCAUGAAAGACCGAAAAUAUGCCAUUUUGAAGUAAACUUUGAUCU